AAAGAGAUGAAUCAAAUAAGGGAGGAGUGACCUGGAGAGGAGGAGGAGGCAGGACAGAAGACUACAGGGGGACAGCAUUCUCUCUCUGUUGGAUACCGAGAGAGUCUCCUAGGAGAAGGGUGAAGUGACCUUCUUGCCUUUAAGGAGCAGGGCAGGAGACAUUUCCCUAGAGAGCAUCGUGGGACUAAUUAGAGCAGAACCCAAGAAGCUGGGGUCUCAGAAUGGAGCAUGGUCCUUCGUCCGUCCCUGCUGCACUGCCAUACUAUGUGGCCUUCUCCCAGCUGCUGGGCCUUACCGUGGUGGCUGUGACUGGUGCGUGGCUGGGUCUGUACCGAGGUGGCAUUGCCUGGGAAAGCUCCCUGCAGUUUAAUGUGCAUCCGCUCUGCAUGGUCAUAGGCAUGAUCUUCCUGCAAGGAGAUGCUCUGCUGGUGUACCGUGUCUUCAGAAGAGAAGCCAAACGCACGACCAAGAUCUUGCAUGGGCUGCUGCACGUCUUCGCCUUCAUCAUUGCCCUGGUGGGCUUGGUGGCUGUGUUCGACUACCACAAGAAGAAGGGCUAUGCAGACCUGUACAGCUUGCACAGCUGGUGUGGGAUCUUAGUCUUUGUUCUGUACUUCGUGCAGUGGCUUGUGGGUUUCAGCUUCUUCCUGUUCCCUGGAGCUUCGUUCUCUCUGCGGAGCCGCUACCGCCCUCAGCACAUUUUCUUUGGCGCCACCAUUUUCCUCUUCUCUGUGGGCACAGCCCUACUGGGCCUGAAGGAGGCCCUGCUGUUUAAACUGGGGAGCAGGUACAGCAUGUUUGAACCUGAGGGGGUGCUGGCCAACAUGCUGGGCUUGCUGCUGGUCUGUUUUGGGGUGGUUGUGCUGUACAUCUUGGCUCAGGCUGACUGGAAGCGGCCUUCCCAGGCUGAAGAGCAAGCCCUCUCCAUGGACUUCAAGACACUCACGGAGGGAGACAGCCCCAGUCCCCAGUGAUCAUCAUCCUUGUCCUCUUGGCUCUGUGGGUUUCCAGCUAUCUUUUUGCUCUUCCCUGCAGACACUGAGUCUUUUAGGUCCAGGAGUGUGAGUGUGGGGCAGUGUUGUUAGUUUAGUGGGGUUCCAGGCUUUGGAGUUGUUCUCAGUCUCCCUUCCUCCCCUUCCUCUCUGCAGCUUUUGAUGCAUCCUGUGAGCCCUGAGUAGGCUCUGCCUGUACCCGCUGUUGUCCCUUCACAUGCAGAAAGCUUGGUUAGGGGAUCUGGGGUCAAGCCUGGCCCUGAUUCCUAUUGGAGCUAGACAGUAGCUCCGCCCUCCAUGCAGCAGAUGGCUGCUGGGGCUGGGCCUGAGGGACUGGCAUGGAGAAGUCAGACCGCUGCUUUGUGUAUUCAACCCAGGAGUUCCAGCAGCUUGGGAAGCACGUGUCCUUGGCAGUAGAGCAAGUGAUAUUAUGUGUAAAGUAUGCUGGUGUUCAGAGGAAGGCUCCCCAGAAAGGUUGACUCUGGCUCCCGAAGGAGCCUUGGCGUGUGGGUUGGCCACAGUCUUAGGCCUUUCUGUUCUUUUAAAAACCCUGAUCCUUAAAUAGGCUUUUCCUGGGGAAGGGGAUUGGUGAUCAAAACGCAGGUAAAUACCUGCCCUGGUGGAGGAGGGGAGGCUGCUCACAGUGAGGGCCUCUUGGCCUCCAACUGCCCUGGCAGAGUCCCUCCCUUCAGCAGGGGUUGAGCCCUAGCUUCCUUCUGCAGGCCAGCCUGGGCAGGCUCUGAGAAUGGGAGGACACACCUCGGGAGUUUUUGGAAGAGGGCUGCUGUUUGCCUUGUUCUCCAGGGGGCUGCUGGGGUGCCCUGGCUUGGGGUGCCCUGGGGGAUCAUGAUCAUGGUCCUCCUAGCCCUGGGUCCAUCACUGCUGGACAGUAGGACUGAAGUGGAAGAGAGGAACGGGAUUGGUCUCCUGCACUUAGCUUCAACCCCCUACUGCCUGUUGUGUUGUUAACUGAGUCACUGUUUGGCUUGAGUCUAGAAAUCCUGGGAUUAGAGCACUGAUCUUGUGUUCUCUGGCUUGGCACAUGCUCUCUCCUUGUUUUCCUUCUCUCUUGGAUUUUGAGCCUCACGGCUUGUGACACACAUGGUUAACUUAGUGAGGAAAUGAAUGGUUUCUGAACCUGGCAGUUCUUUUAGGUCACUAGGCUGGCCUUCUCUGUCCGAUUUCUAAUAACUGCUGUGGGUCCUGCUUCUGGUGAGGUCUCUUCUCCCAGCUGUGGUGUAGCCCCUCUGCCUGAUGCUCCCUGACUUUCCCUCCUGUCUCUCCAUUUGCUGGGAUGGUGAGGUUUGCCUCCAGUUUCAAUUGUAUAUGCUGUAAGGAUAGGGAAUCUUAGAAAUUCUGUCAUCAGUUGGCAUACUUGUACAGUCAAAUGUUUACAUUUGGGAGACUCGUCCUUAGACAAACUCACGAGUACCAUUGUGAGUCUCCCUUGCCAGACUACACAGAGAAUUAGAAUUUAGGUCUGCAAUGAGCGUCUGUAAACUAGUCUUUUUGCCAAAGUGUAUGAUACAUGACUAAGGACCAAAGAAGGCCCCCAAGCAGAUGUCUGUGGUUUCUUCUGUUUCUUCUGUCUCCUGUGACGUACAGUGUGUUGUUGGUGCAACAGACGAAUCAAUAAAUGUCUA